CUUAUUACAAUAAUUAAAAUAAGUUAAAACCUGUUUAACUUUCCCUUACCCCUUUUGUUUAAUCAAAAACAACAAUGUCUAAUCAAAAUCAAUAGUUAGCUUUAUUAUAAUAAACUCAAUAAUCCUUGAUUGAAGAAUAGAUGCCAUAAUUACCUAUACUCUCCUUCCUAAAAAAAAGACAAUCAUAGAAAACUAAAACUCAAAUAACAACAAAUGUAAAUCUAUCAUUUUUAAUAUUUUUCUAGAAUAACGACUUUGAGAUCGAGAUCAUCAACUCUAAAGUAAUAUAGAAUAGUUUUGUUGUCUAUGAAAUUAAAAUUAAGAAAGGAACUCUUUUCUGGAUAUUUCAAACUAGAUAUAGUCUAUUAGAGAGUUUGAAUACGAAAAUAUCAAAGAAUCUCAAAUCUUAUCUACCUAAAUUUCCAGAAAAAAGAAUUUUUGGAAACCUUGAAAACGAUUUCAUAGCACAAAGAUGUAAAUAACUUGAUUCCUAUUUGAAAGUAUUUUAAUUUAUUUUAACUAUUUUAGGAAUUAUUUAAAUUAGGAAGGAGUGAAAAUACAGUACGAGAAUUCGUACGUCAAUCCUAAAAGGGAGCAUAUAUAAUCAAUGAUCCAAGUAGUGUUAAAUUAUUCAAUCUUGAUGCAUGAAAUAUAAUAAACAAAACUAACAC